AAAUUCCAAGUGCCUGGGGAGACUGGGGGGAUGGCGGCGGGGAGAUAGGGAGUGUACGAUGCGAGACCGACUCUGCCCUUUGGAAACUGCCCGAGCGGUGUGUCCGGAUGUUGUGGGGCAGGAAUUUUCGCGAAGGGUGAGGGCUUUUUGAUCUUUCGUGUGACCCUACAGGUUUUGGUAUGAACAGGAUUCGGAUUCACGUCUUGCCAACCAAUCGGGGGAGGAUCACCCCAGUGCCUAGGUCUCAGGAGCUCCUAUCUUGUUCGUUCACUCAUCGCCCAUGCUCUCAACCUCGUCUGGAGGGGCAAGAGUUUUGUCUUAAGCAUAUCCUUGAAGACAAGAAUGCACCGUUCAAGCAGUGUAGUUAUAUAUCGACGAAGAAUGGAAAAAGAUGUCCCAGUGCUGCUCCAAAGCCAGAGAAGAAAGAUGGGGUGUCCUUCUGUGCUGAACAUGCCCGUAGGAAUGCCCUGGCACUUCAUGCUCAAAUGAAAAAGACCAACUCAGGGCCUAUGGGUGAAACACUCUUGUGCCAGCUGAGCUCAUAUGCUAAGACAGAGCUGGGAUCACAGACUCCAGAAAGUAGCCGCAGUGAAGCCAGCCGAAUAUUGGAUGAAGACAGCUGGAGUGAUGGUGAGCAGGAACCUGUUACUGUGGAUCAGACAUGGAGAGGUGACCCUGACAGCGAAGCUGAUAGCAUAGACAGUGAUCAAGAAGAUCCACUAAAACAUGCUGGUGUGUAUACAGCAGAAGAAGUGGCCCUGAUUAUGCGUGAGAAGCUGAUUCGUUUGCAGUCUUUGUACAUUGAUCAGUUUAAACGACUUCAACAUCUGCUUAAGGAGAAGAAGCGCCGGUAUUUACAUAAUCGCAAAGCGGAACAUGAAGCUUUAGGUAGUAGUCUCCUGACUGGCCCAGAGGGACUUUUGGCCAAAGAACGAGAGAACUUAAAGCGAUUAAAAUGUCUCCGUCGAUAUCGCCAGCGCUAUGGAGUGGAAGCCUUAUUACACAGGCAGCUGAAGGAACGCAGAAUGCUGGCCACAGAUGGUGCCGCCCAACAGGCCCAUACCACUCGUUCCAGUCAGAGGUGCUUGGCCUUUGUGGAUGAUGUUCGUUGUUCCAAUCAGUCUCUUCCAAUGACCAGACACUGCCUUACCCAUAUUUGUCAGGAUACGAAUCAGGUUCUCUUCAAAUGCUGCCAGGGGUCUGAAGAGGUACCCUGCAGCAAAGCAGUUCCUGUAAGCCUCUCUGAGGAUCCCUGCUGCCCACUGCACUUCCGGUUGCCUCCUCAGAUGUAUAAGCCCGAGCAGGACUUGGAUGUCGUGGGUGAUGGUAUGCAGUGCCCUCCUUCACCUUUGCUUUUUGAUCCUUCUCUAACCCUUGAAGAUCAUUCAAUCAAAGAAAUUGCUGAAGGCCCAGUGGAUAUCUUGGGCCAGAUGCAGAUGGCUGGAGAUGGUUGCAGAUCCCAAGGAUCUCGAAAUUCUGAUAAAGCCUCUGCACCAUUGCCUCAAAGUGGAUUGGCUACUGCAAAUGGGAAGCCGGAACCCACUUCUAUCAGUUGAUAGUGUGUUUUGGGAACCAUAUGACUUUGGUGAAUUUGAAUUUCUAUUCUUCAAACAAGUAUUUCUGACCAUCUCUCACUAACCAGGGGCAACCUGGACUACCUUGUUUUAUUUUUUUUCCAGAUUAUUGAGUGCUAUAAUCCAACAUAAAACCAAAUUUUGGGGGAAUGGAGCAAUAGUGUCCUAAAGUUCUGGGUUUCUUCCCACUGUGGGCAAGGAAGAGAUAGGAAAUCUCUGUCAAAGCUUCUGGGAUUGAGUGAAUAUUUGGGGCUGUCUAAGGGGAAAGAUAUCUUUGUAAUGGGAUUUCCCAUCACGGACAGGAAUCCACAUAGGUCGGACAGGAGUCUGUGUAGGUCUUUAGGAGGGAGCUGUGUUUGAAUGGUGCCCUUGAGAUUUUGAUGGCCCCCAGUGUCUGGUUAUCUCUAUGUAAAGUCCUGCAUUUUAGUCUUUCCUCACAUCCACUUAAUUGGGUAAUCUGAACCUCUUUUCCCAGUUAACUCUGACUUUUAUCCUCUGAGAAAGUAGCUAACAGGACUGGGCCCUCCUUAACCAUCCAUCUUGCUUCGAACCUAUGUAAAUUUUGGUGGUGGCUAUCUUAUGUAAAUUGUGGUAAAAAUUUAUUGUAUAUACUUUCUAUUAAAUGUUAAAGAAAAUGUUAUGAAAACAUAAAACAGUUACCUAAAUUGAAUGCAUGUUUUGUUUGUAUUUGGGAGUAUUGUCUUUUUUUUCUGGGUUUUAGGGAUCUGUCUCUGAUGGGAAAGAGAAAACGGCAGAGAGAGAUUUUCAUCCUGGGAAGUAAAUUUUCAGUAGCUCAUUUUGGUUUAAAGGAUAAGGUAAUAACCUGGAUGAAGUAAAUGAAAAGAGAUGGGACUUCUUAUUAAAGCCAACCAAUUCCAUAUAUUUUCUUUCCACUUUCCACUCUUUGUGUCCCCUACCCCCACUCGUUUCUUUCUCACAAUUAAUGCCUGGUUGUCAUUUCAAAAUUCUCUAGGGUUAGGGAUAUACAUAAAACAUCAAGAGAAACUGGGCCUGAUGCUGGCUUACUGAGAUAGGCAUAGGCAUUACCAAGGUCAUUUUGAUGUUGAAUCUUAGAGUAGGGUUAAUAUAAAUGAUUAGUUAAGGUUAAGGAUUUACCUCUUACUAUGGUACAUCAUGACCAUAGUGGCAAAAAGAGGAGGCAAAAGAUUACUUUUUGUGAGAACUGAACUGAGUAGCACAGAAGGGUUUAUCCAGUUACACCAUCAUCUUGACUUUAAGUAUUUACGUCCAGAAACUGGUUGAAAGUAACUCAUAGAAGGCCCAUCAAAUGAAUUCCUGAGAAGAUUGCCUUUAAGGUCUUCCAGUGAUACUCUUCAGUUUCUUGUUCCCACUGCUUUUUUGAUUCCUUUGUCUAUUACUUUUUACAUUUUAGCCACAGAGACAAACAUUGCUUUACAUACAGCCGUGAGCAAGAACGUUACUGCUCCUGCAGCAGGAUUGGAGAUUAGAUAUUCCCUUCCUAUUUUAAAACAAAAUGUGAUCUGUAGACCACUAGCAUGCAGAUCAUCUAUGGUGAUUGUGUUAAAUUAACAGGCUCCUGAGCACUUUCUGGGAGAUGGAGGCCAGGGAAUCUGUACUUUUGGCACCCCAGAAAUUCUGAUAGCCAUUUAAGUGCAAACCCAGCUGUGGUGAAUUUUGGAAAGGUGACAUAUAGCUACCAUUCUCCUUCAAGGUCCCGGUUCUAACUAGGCACAGGGAAAACAGGAGGAUUGGGUAGGAAGAUCCUCAGACUGUACCAUAUUACUGAGAACAAGGGAUAUGAUGUCCACCUGGCUGACAGCCAGUAAGGAAAUGAAACCUCAGUUCUAUGCUGCAUGGGACUUAAUUUGCCAACUCUGGAAUGAGUAGGAAGCAGACUCACCUAGAAUCUCCAGAAAGAAAUGCAACCUGCCCAUACCUUGAUUUAGCCUGGCGAAAUCUGUACCAGGAUUCUGACCUAUAGAACUGUAAGAUAAUAAACUUAUGUUGCUUGAUG